AUGGCACCUAUGGCGACGGAGCAGGCUCAUACACUAUGCACGCCUCGCUCGCCUGGGCCAAUAAACCAGCGUAUGGAUAUGAUCCACUUUAGUUCUUUCGACGUGACGGACCAAGUGUUUUUCUGCUCGAAUGAUGUGGCCGCGAUCGUCAACUUGAAACCCGUGGUUCCUGGACAUGUCCUUGUGAUUCCACGCAUACCAUACAAGCGUCUGGCUGACAUGCCGCCUCAUGCGGUUGGCGCGCUCUUCGAGACAGUCCAAAAAGUCGGACGCGUCGUGGAAUAUGCAUUCAGCGGUGACUCCCUCUCAAUCGCUGUUCAGGAUGGCGCAUCUGCAGGACAGACCGUUUCCCAUGUGCAUGUUCAUGUCCUGCCACGUCGCCCACGAGACAUUGAGCCUAAUGAUCUUGUGUACGACAUGCUCGACAAAUUUGGACUUGAACUCCGCGAUAUACACACAGGCAAACAAAUGGACAGCGAACGUAAGCCACGUACAAAGACGCAAAUGCGUGAAGAGGCCAGUUGGCUAAAGAUGCAGUGUGAUCAUGUGCUGGGGUCUGAAGGUGAUGAGAAUGACAGUCACGGAAAAUCGACGCUCCCUGUGACGCUGUUGAGUGGGUUUCUUGGAUCGGGGAAAACGACUCUGUUGCGACACAUCCUUACGAGUCCAGAACAUGGAUUGCGUAUCGCUGUCAUCAUAAAUGAUAUGGGCGAGCUCAACAUCGAUGCACAGCUCAUCGCUAAUGGCCAGCUGAUUCGCGGGAAGGACCACUUAGUGGAACUUUCAAAUGGAUGUAUAUGCUGCACGCUCCGUGCGGACUUGCUGGAACAUGUGGCCCUACUCGCGCGUGAUAAGCGCAUUGACUACUUACUGAUAGAGUCCAGCGGCAUCUCUGAGCCGAUGCAAGUCGCGGAAACAUUUAGCGCAGAAUUUGCCGCGACGGCGGUCGAAGACGAGCGACUCGCAGCUAUUUUUCAACGCGGUGGACUGCCUGCCAUUGCUCACCUCGACACUUGCUGCACAGUGGUCGAUGCUGCGAGUAUGCUUCAUGAUUUUGACACAUCCGACUUUCUUGUUGACCGGCAUGGACCAACAGUGCCAGAGGGCGACGACCGCAAUAUCAGCGAUCUUAUGGUGGACCAGCUGGAGUUUGCCAACUGUGUCAUUGUAAACAAGUGUGAUCUUGUGUCGCCGGAUGCACUGGAGACAGUAAUGGCUCUCGUCAAAAUGCUCAACCCAUCCGCACGCGUAAUCCCUGCAUCAUACGGCCGCGUUGAUGUAAACGCCAUCUUGUCAACGAAAAGCUUCAGCUUGGAAAAAGCAGCCCUAAGCGCUGGAUGGUUGCGGAGUCUCGUGGAAGAUGUUAAGCCGGAGACCAUCGAGUAUGGCAUCAACAGUUUUGUGUACCGUGCACGCCGACCAUUCCAUCCGGCGCGACUAUGGGAGACGAUCCGUUCCUGCUUUGUUGUGAUCCAAGAAGAGACCAUGGAUGAUGGCGUCGAGCAAAAUCGUGACGACACAGAAAUGAGCUCUAACGAUGACAUGAAUGAAGAUGCACAGCCUGCAUUAUGCCCACAACAGCGCCUUGCGUGCAAACGAGCCUCACCAUUGUGGAACCCUGUGCUUCGUUCAAAGGGAUUCUUGUGGCUUGCUACACGUCCCGUCAUGUUCGGUAAUUGGUCACAGGCGGGCGUCAUGCUGACGCUGACUGGCGGCGCGCGUUGGAGGUGCGAAGUACCUGAAAACGAGUGGCCUGAUGACCCAGAAGUCCAUGCAGCUAUUCGGCGCGAUUUUGAUCCAUUGACUCCAUGGGGUGAUCGACGUCAAGAGCUAGUCUUCAUUGGCCAAGAUGUCGAUAUCUCAAAGAUUACAAAAGCGAUGGAUAGCUGCUUGCUUCGAGAUGAUGAAUGGAGACAAUGGGAAAAAAUUAUGCGCAACAAGGCCAUGUCAAUGGAUGAAAAACACGACGCACUUGCUGAUCUUUUUGAAGAUGGCUUUGAAGACUGGGUCGAUGAAGAGAUGGUCGUCGAGGAACACGAUCAAGACCACGACCAUGACCACGACACACCAAAAAGAUUGUAA